AUGAAGUUUGCACUCCUCGCCCUCGCAGCUGUUGCUCUGGCCAGUCCAGUGACCCUCGAUGAGCGUCAAAUCGCUAUUCCCGAGAACGAGCUUCGCACCGGUCCCUGUGAGCCCAUUACCUUCAUCUUCGCUAGAGCAUCCACCGAACCUGGCCUUCUGGGCAUCUCCACUGGUCCCGGAGUCUGCAAUGGCCUCAAACUCGCCCGUCCAUUCAAGGUCGCCUGCCAGGGCGUCGGACCAGCCUAUACCGCUGACCUAGCCUCCAACUUUCUGCCCCAGGGCACGACACAGGUCGCCAUCGAUGAGGCGACGGAUCUAUUCAAGCUCGCAGCAUCCAAGUGCCCAGACACCCAGAUCGUUGCGGGCGGAUACAGUCAAGGAACAGCCGUUAUGCAUGGCGCCAUCCGCAAUCUUCCUGAUAAUGUCAAGAACCUGAUUAGGGGUGUUGUGCUGUUCGGCGACACGCGCAAUAAGCAGGAUGGAGGCCGUAUCCCCAACUUCCCUACGGACCGUACCAAGAUCUACUGUGCGCUUGGAGAUCUGGUGUGCGAGGGAACGCUGGUGAUUACCGCGGCGCAUUUCACCUAUACGGUUAAUGUGCCUGGUGCUGUUGCUUUCCUGUUGUCCAAGCUGUAA